CGGGGACGCGCCAGGAUGACUCGGGCCCCCAGGCUCCCCCCGCCCGAGGGCGAGGCGGGACCGGAGGCGGAUCUUCCCCCGGCGCCGCCCUCGCGAUUGGCCGCUGUCAGCAUCGUGGCCGCGCCCCCUCGCCCGUUGGCGCUCGGGCUCCGUUCUGUGCCCGCCCCGGGACGGCUACAUUGUAGCGAAUCUUUCUGCGGCGGGGCUGCUUUUGCGAGCCGAGCCAUGAUGGGCGCUGGGGAGGCGCCCCGCCUGGCCCCCCGGCAGCUCUUCCUGCUGGGCUUGGCUGCCGCCUACCUCGCCGCCUUCGUCUCCCUCUACCUGCAGGUCCCUGGCCUCUAUGGGAAGGAUGGCAUCCUGCCCGCCCGGAAGACCCUGCGCUUCACUGGCAAGGGCUUCUGGGAGCAGCUGCGAGACUCGCCCACCCUCCUGUGGCUGGGGCCGCGCCUGGGGCUGGACACGGAGCAGGGCAUGGAGCUCCUCUGCCUGCUGGGCGCGCUGCUCUCCUUCGGGGCCCUGCUGCUGGAGCCCCUGCGCGACAGCCUGGUCUUCCUGGCCCUCUGGGCCCUCUACCUCUCGCUCUACCAGGUCGGCCAGGUCUUCCUCUACUUCCAGUGGGACAGUCUCCUGCUAGAGACGGGCUUCCUGGCAGUGCUGGUGGCUCCGCUGCACCUGCUGAAGUGGCGCCUGACGGCCUGGCGGGCGCACGACGGGGUGACCUUCUGGCUGGUGCGCUGGCUACUCUUCCGGCUCAUGUUCGCCUCGGGGGUGGUGAAGCUGACCAGCCGCUGCCCCACCUGGUGGGGCCUCACAGCGCUGACCUACCACUACGAGACCCAGUGCAUUCCCACCCCGGCUGCCUGGUUUGCCCACCAGUUGCCCGUCUGGCUCCAGAAGUUCAGCGUCGUGGCCACCUACGUGAUUGAGAUUGCCGUCCCGCCCCUCUUCUUCGCGCCUCUGCGGCGCCUCCGUCUGUUUGCCUUCUACUGCCAGAUCCUCCUGCAAGUCCUGAUCAUCAUCACGGGCAACUACAAUUUUUUCAACCUGCUGACGAUUGCACUGAGCUUCUCUCUGCUUGACGAUGAGCACGUGGGACUCUGGCUGGGCCGUGGCCGGAGGAAAGCAGGAGCCGCCUGGCCUUCGAAGUUGCUCUCCAUCCUGUCUGCACUUGCUGAACUGGGCACCUACAGCUUGCUGGUCUACUGGACUACCUGUCACUUUGGGCUGGAGCUCAACUGGGAGAAGAAGCUGCUUCAAUCCAAGACAGCUUUCACAUACCACGAGUUCAUGCAGUGGCUGAAGAUGGUGACCCUCCCCUUGGUGGGGCUUGGGCUCCUCUCGCUGGUCUGGGAGAUCCUUCAGGCUGGGUACAGGAGCGCCUGCACCCGCGGCUUUCUCUGGAAACUCUGGAGUGCCGUUCCCUGGGCUGUCUUCAGUGCCGCAGCCUUGGGGAUGUUUACCAUCAGCCUGGUCCCCUUCACCUACAUUGAGUACGAGUCCAACGGCAAGCUCUGGCCCAGCGUCCACCGGCUGUUCAGUGCCGUAGACCGCUACCAGCUGGCCAACUCCUACGGGCUCUUCCGGCGCAUGACGGGAGUUGGAGGGCGGCCAGAGGUGGUGGUGGAAGGCAGCUACGACAAGGAGACGUGGACGGAGAUCGAAUUCCUGUACAAGCCAGGCAACGUCAGUGCCCCCCCUCCCGUGGUGAUGCCUUACCAGCCCCGGCUGGACUGGCAGAUGUGGUUUGCCGCCCUGGGACACCACACGCACAGCCCCUGGUUCACCAGCUUCAUCUACCGCCUCCUGCAGGGCAAGAAGGAAGUGAUCCAUCUUGUGCAAGUAGAUGACUCCAAAUACCCGUUCCGGUCGCAGCCUCCUGUCUACAUCCGUGCCCAGCUGUACAAAUACUGGUUCACAGAAGGCGGUGCGGAGGAUGGCUCUCUUCCGCAGCAGUGGUGGAGGCGGCAGCGUGUGGAGGAGUUCUACCCUGCCGUCUUCCUGGGCGAUCCCAACCUAGACAGCCUCUUGGCCCAACACGGGCUUAAGGACAAGGCUCCCCUGAAGCGGCCCCCGGACUCCCUCUUGCCCACAGCCCUGCAGUGGGUGAGGGAGCAGACCCGCCCGUGCACCGGCCCUGCCGCGAUAUGGUCCCUGUACCUCACCGGGGCCGCCAUUGGCCUCCUGCGGGCUGUGGGGAGCUGGCUGCUGGGGGGCGGCGGCGGCGGCGGCAGCGUCCUGAGUGGGAAGCCGAAGAGCGCCGCCAAGCGGGUGGAGCCGGUGGCGGAUGUGGGCGGAGGAGGAGACCCGGCCGGCAGUGAGAAGAACGGGCAGGUGAGGAAGAAGGAGGCGGCGGCGGCGGCGGAGAGGGCCAAGGGCACGGCGGCGGAGCCCCCCACCGACGGGCUUCGGCACGUCAAGAAGAAGAAGUAGCCGCCUGCCUUGGGGAGGGCACCGGCCGCUGCCCCCCUGCCCCAGUCUUCCAGCCGCUGACUGUGACGUCCCUGCCAGACCUUGCUUUGGGCUCAGCAGCUCCUGGGCCUGGCUCCGCUCCCGGCUCUCGGGGGACGACCGUGCACCUGGCGUGGGUGUGCAAGACGUUCGCCCGGUGGGGCCGUCCUCUUUGGACCUUCCUCUCCUUGCCCCGAGGCUCCACGUCCCGCGCCCAGGCUUUGGGCCUGGAAGGACUGAGUCCCCUUGGCCCUCUCCUCUCCUCUCGGCUCCCCCCUAUCCCCACCUCCCUCCUCCUGAGGGCGGCAGAGCCAAAGGCCUUCCUGCUCCCUCCCUCUGUGCCAUGGUGGGGUUGGCGCUCCCCACCCACCCACCCACCCCCCGAGAGGCACCCGGCCUCAACAAGACGGCUCUCAAGGCCAGGCCGGAACGGUUGCUCGGCUGUUGCUCCCCGCACCCCUGGCUGCUUUGCCUCCUGUGGGUUCCCACUGGGCAGCUGGGCUCGGCCCCGCCCCAAGAAGGGGCUGCCUGGGGGGGGGGGCAACUUCAACCUGCCUCCUGGCUGAGUGUGCAGUGGCCAGAAGGUCAGCUCCCACCCCCAGCGCUCCACGGUUGCCGAGGGCAUUGGCAUCCCACGACCCCCCUGCCAAGCCCCUCUCCCUCCCCCCCCCCCAUUGCCUCGACCUCUGUGCCUCACUGCCCAGGAAGCAGAGCUGGCUGGGGGGAGCCCAGAGGAACCUUCGGCCCUUGUGCUGCAACCGGGGGGGGGGGGGUUGCGUUUAAGCAGUGGCCCUGUUGGAGCUGAAUUCCUCCCACCCAGGACCAGAGAUUGUUCAUCUAUAAUUUUCUAAAUAAAGCCUUUACAUUCCA